CGGGCCCAUCGAGGGCGGCCCGCGGUGAUUGGCGGAGGGCGCGGCGCAGUGGGCGCUGAUUGGUGGAAGAUGAAGGAGGCGGGGUUCCGGCGGGGACACGCCCUCAUUUCCGGGCGGCGACGGCGGCGGGAGGGCGAUGGUGCUGCUGCACGUGCUGUUCGAACAUGCGGCCGGGUACGCGCUGUUCGCCGUGCGGGAGGUGGAGGAGAUCGGGCUGCUGCUGCCGCAGGUGGAGGAGAGCGUCCUCACCCUGGGCAAGUUCCACAACGUGGUGAAGCUGGUGGCGUUCUCGCCGUUCCGCUCGGCGCAGAGCGCGCUGGAGAACAUGAACGCCGUGUCCGAGGGAGUCCUGCACGAGGACCUGCGGCUGCUGCUGGACACGGCGCUGCCCCCCAAGAGGAAGAAGGUGCUGCUGGGGGUGGGCGAUGCCAAGAUGGGCGCGGCCGUGCUGGAGGAGCUGGGGGUGCAGUGCCAGACCGGCGGCGUGGUGGCCGAGCUGAUGCGCGGGAUCCGGCUGCACUUCCCGGCGCUGGUCCGGGGCCUCACGGCGCAGUCGGCGGCCAAGGCCCAGCUGGGGCUCGGUCACAGCUACUCCCGGGCCAAGGUGAAGUUCAACGUGCACCGGGUGGACAAUAUGAUCAUCCAGUCCAUCAGCCUGCUGGACCAGCUGGACAAGGACAUCAACACCUUCUCCAUGCGGGUCCGGGAGUGGUACGGGUAUCACUUCCCCGAGCUGAUCAAGAUCGUCCCCGAGAACUCCAUGUACUGCCGGGUGGCCAAAUUCAUCGGGAACCGCCGGGAGCUGAGUGAGGAGAGCCUGGAAGGGCUGGAGGAGAUCGUCAUGGACAGCGCCAAGGCCCAGACCAUCCUGGAGGCCUCCCGCUCCUCCAUGGGGAUGGACAUCUCCCCCCUGGACCUGAUCAACAUCGAGAGCUUCUCCCGCCGCGUCAUCUCGCUGUCCGAGUACCGCAAGGGGCUGCAGGAGUACCUGCGCUCCAAGAUGAGCCAGGUGGCCCCCAGCCUGUCGGCGCUCAUCGGGGAGGUGGUGGGCGCCCGCCUCAUCUCGCACGCCGGCAGCCUCACCAACCUGGCCAAGUACCCGGCGUCCACGGUGCAGAUCCUGGGUGCCGAGAAGGCUCUGUUCAGGGCGCUGAAGACGCGGGGGAACACCCCCAAGUACGGCCUCAUCUUCCACUCCACCUUCAUCGGGCGCGCGGCCGCCAAGAACAAGGGGCGGAUCUCGCGCUACCUGGCCAACAAGUGCACGAUCGCCUCGCGCAUCGACUGCUUCUCGGAGGUCCCCACCAGUGUGUUCGGGGACAAGCUGCGGGAGCAGGUGGAGGAGCGCUUGGCCUUCUACGAGACCGGGGAACCGCCCCGCAAGAACCUGGAGGUGAUGAAGGAGGCGGUGGUGGAGGCCAGCGAGGUGGUGGCUGAGGUGAAGAGGAGGCAGGAGAAGAAGGAGAAGAAGAGGAAGAAGAGGGAGAAGCGGCGGCUGGAGGCCCUGGCAGCGGCUGCUGAGGAGCCGGCGGAGAACUCGGUGAUGGAGACAGAGGAGAACGAUGUGGGCACCAAGAAGAAGAAGAAAAAGAAGAAGCAGCAGGAGGAGCAGUCAGAGCCUGAGGAGAACGGGGUGGAGGAGGAGGAAGAGGAGGAGGAGGAGGAAGAGCCACUGCCCAAGAAGAAAAGGAAAAUCACGGUGGAGCCCGAGGAGGAGGAGGAGGAGGAAAAGAAGAAGAAAAAGAAGAAGAAGAAGAAGGCAGCAGCUCGGGACUCGGAGGAGGAUUAGCGAGCCGAGCACACGGACUGACAGACUGACGGACGCUCCCGAGGUGUCCCCAGCGCCACCUGGAACUUGUCACAGCCCCUGGUGGCCCAGCUGGUCUCUCUGGUGGCCCGGCUGAUCCCUCUGGCCACCGGCAGCCCCUGGACUGUGCCUCACACAGCGGAACUGCCGACCCCCGGCCCUGCACGGGGGGCUGGGGCUGCACGGGGGGUCCCCAGGCUCUGUGCCCUUCCUCGGGGACCUGGGGCUGUCCCCAGCCAUGUCCCCAUCCUUGGGGACCUCAGGCUGUCCCCACCCGUGUCCCCAUCCUUGGGGACCUCAGGCUGUCCCCAGCCGUGUCCCCAGGCUCUGUCCCCUUUCCCUGGAGCUGUCUCCAGGCUGUGUCCCCCUUCCUCGGGGACCUGGGGCUGUCCCCAGGCCAUAUCCCCAAGCUGUGUCCCCUUUCCUCAGGGCCUUGGGGCUGUCCCCAGCCGUGUCCCCACCCCUGGCUGUGCCCCAAACCCCAAUAAAGGGCUGUGAGGUUGUU